AUGCAACAGUCCAUAACUUCCUAUUUUAAGCAAAAAUCCGAUGUGCCGGAGAGCCCUGGCAAAGCCAGACCAGUUUCGAAAAUUAAGUCGGAGGUUGAUUUGGCUGAAAAUGAACCAAAAAUCAAGCGUGAAGAUGAGACCUCUGAAGCUAAUAUUGAAGCAAACCGUAUUAUUGAUCCAAAUCCGAGCAUAAUUGAAGCUAUGGAAAUCAAGGAGGAGCCGACAAGCAAAGUUGAACGGAAAGUAACAACAAUUGGACUGAACUCCACAUCUAAAGAUAACAAAGAGGAAGUGGAAAACUACGAUCCUUCAAACGAAGCCUAUCAUCCCCUGGAGCACGCAUACUGGAAGGCCAAAGCGGUGACACCGUAUUUGGCGUUAGCUCGAACGUUUCAAGUGAUAGAGGAGACCAAAGGCCGCCUCAAGAUGAUUGAUACGUUAAGCAAUUUUUUUUCCUCGGUUAUGUUAGUUAGCCCAAAUGACUUGCUGCCCAGUGUUUAUCUCAGUAUUAACCAGCUGGCCCCCGCCUACGAGGGGCUGGAACUUGGUGUGGCUGAGACAACGUUAAUGAAGGCAAUCUGCAAGGCGACGGGCCGUAACUUGGCACACAUCAAAUCUCAAACGCACUUAACCGGCGACCUGGGCAUUGUCGCCGAGCAGUCGCGCGUUUCGCAACGCAUGAUGUUUCAGCCUGCUCCACUGAACAUCAGAGGAGUAUUCAACAAGCUAAGAGAAAUAGCCAAGAUAUCUGGUCAGUCCAAGAUGACUCUCGUCUAUGAUGUCUUUGUGGCCUGUCGAUCAUCUGAGGCUCGUUUCUUUAUACGCUCCCUGAUCGGCAAGUUGCGCAUUGGCAUCGCAGAGCAAAGUCUUCUCACUGCUCUUGCAAUUGCUUUGGUGAAGAAAAAUCACAUUAACGACUGCAAGGUCAGCAAAAUAGUCGACGUUUACAAAGAUGAAAUAACGGAGACUACGUUAUUGCUGAAAACAGCAUAUAGCCAAUGCCCCAACUACGACAUUAUUAUUCCUGCAAUAUUGAAGUAUGACAUCAAGGAGCUCCAAGAACGUUGCCCCAUGCACCCAGGCAUGCCGCUGAGGCCAAUGCUCGCACAACCAACAAAAGGAGUUCAUGAGGUGUUUGAGCGCUUUGGAAGCAUGCACAUAACGUGCGAAUGGAAAUACGACGGCGAACGAGCCCAGAUUCACUGCAACGAGCGGGGAGAGAUAAGCAUAUUCUCUCGCAACUCGGAGAACAACACGGCGAAGUAUCCGGAUUUGAUUGCCAGGAGCAAAGGUUUCCUUAAGGGUGCAGUGCAGUCUUACAUUAUUGAUAGCGAAAUCGUUGCCUGGGACGUUGAGCGAAAGCAGAUUCUGCCAUUCCAAGUACUCAGUACGCGCAAAAGAAAAAACGUGGACAUAGAAGAGAUCAAAGUUCAAGUCUGUGUUUACAUAUUCGAUCUUCUGUAUAUUAAUGGUACGACCCUUGUCACAAGUCCAUUAUCCGAGCGCCGCAAGCUGCUGCUAGAACAUUUCCAGGAAGUCGAAGGUGAAUGGAAAUUCGCCACAGCUCUGGACACUAACGAUAUUGAUGAGGUGCAGCAAUUUUUAGAGGAAUCAGUUAAAGGCAAUUGUGAGGGACUCAUGGUCAAGACAUUGGAUGAGGAAGCCACGUAUGAAAUCGCAAAAAGAUCAAGGAAUUGGCUUAAGUUGAAAAAGGAUUAUUUGUCAAAUGUGGGCGACUCGCUUGAUCUUGUUGUAAUUGGCGGCUACAAAGGAAAGGGACGACGAACCGGGACCUAUGGCGGAUUUCUGCUUGCCUGCUAUGACACCGAAAACGAGGAAUACCAGAGCAUCUGCAAAAUUGGGACAGGGUUCACUGAUGAAGAUUUGCGGAUACACUCUGAAUUCUUAGGCAAACAUGUCAUACCCAGUGCCAAGUCAUACUUUAGAUAUGACUCAAGCCUGGAACCGGACCACUGGUUUGAGCCGGCUCAGGUUUGGGAAGUAAAGUGCGCAGACCUCUCCCUUAGCCCCAUCCAUAGAGCAGCCAUAGGCAUCGUUGACACCGAGCGGGGUAUUUCGCUGCGAUUCCCCCGAUUCAUUCGAAUUCGAGAUGAUAAGAGCAGCGAAAACGCAACAGAUGCCAAUCAAGUAGCCCACAUGUACCAGUCGCAGGAUCAGGUUAAGAAUAAUCAGAGGACUUGUACGCAGAUGGAUAUGGAGAGCGAGUUCUACUGACGCAACUGCCGCAUCCCAAGAGUGAAUGUUCAUUUAUUUAAAAAUAAACAUAUUUUUCUUAUUUCACGA